CGGCGUAUCCGUCAGUACGUUUGUACGCGUCCGCAGCGCCGCUUCUUCAGUUUUUCGGUUUUCGGAAUUUCGGCUCAGGCACCACAGGCACUGGCACUGGCAGAUAUUCAAAUCAGAUCCGUUUGCGAGUUCGAUAUUUUCAUUCCGAGCCGAUCCGAUUCCGCUUGCGAUUCACAACAGAUAGAGAUCCCCAAUCGAACGCCGCGAGAAAUUAUGCUGGCCCGCUGCUCUCGCUCUACGCGCAAUAAUUUAUUUUUACUCCAUAUAAACAAAUUCAACGUCUAUUUCCAAAAAUAAAUGGGCAACAAUAAUAAAAAUAACAACAGCCGUCGGACAAUUAUAAGUUUUUAUUUUUAACUUUUAUUCGCGCCCGCCGUUGUGAACAUCGCUCGACCACCACCACCCCUUGUCCCUCCCACUCGCGCCCGCCUGCCCGGACUUUGUUUAUAUUUACAAAAGCCAAAGCACACGACAAACAUAACAGCAAACAUAUCACUGACUUGCAUUUCGCCCCGAUGGUUAUCGAAAAAGCGGCGUAAACAAAGCCCGAAUUCAAACAACAAUUAAAUUUGCAUCUCAAUUGCAACGAUUUUUCGUGUGUGUGCGGAAACAUUUGUGCAAACACCUCUGGAGCGACCUGGCAUCGCCGCAAAGUUCAAAACAAGUCGGUUUCUAUUGAACAGCGUAUUUUAGAGAACAUUUUUCCGAGGAAACGGAAGCUCUGCUGUAAAGCGAUUCAUUUACCUGAGGACAAUUUAUACGGAAACACAAUUAUAUAAAAUUAUAUACACACCUAUAUAUAUACAAGAAGAAUUUGCCGUUUUGACAAGCCGUCCACUUAUACAACAAAAAGAAGGGAUAAUAUAUAGAUAAUAUAUAUAAAUAUGCCCCACGUCUGCCACAUCAGGAUAAGCCACAGCAAUCCGCAGGGCAGCCACUAACAGAGUUUUCCGGGAAAGUUUUGCCGGAAAAUCCAGCAAAUCAGCGACCAAGCCAGCAGGAAUCAGCCAGUUGAGCGCAAGGACAUCGUCAUCUCAGUUACAAUCGGAGGAGGAUAGGAAAACUGUUGCCAUGGGUCGCAAAAAAAUUCAAAUAUCACGCAUCACCGACGAACGCAAUCGGCAGGUGACCUUCAACAAGCGCAAGUUCGGCGUGAUGAAGAAGGCCUACGAGCUGUCCGUGCUCUGCGACUGCGAGAUCGCCCUCAUCAUCUUCUCGUCGAGCAACAAGCUGUACCAGUACGCCAGCACCGACAUGGAUCGCGUCCUGCUCAAGUACACCGAGUACAACGAGCCCCACGAGUCCCUCACCAACAAGAACAUCAUCGAGAAGGAGAACAAGAACGGCGUGAUGUCGCCGGACUCGCCCGAAGCCGAAACGGACUACACACUCACACCGCGCACGGAGGCCAAGUACAACAAGAUCGACGAGGAGUUCCAGAACAUGAUGCAGCGCAACCAGAUGGCCAUCGGCGGAGCGGGUGCACAACGCCAGCUGGCCAACAGCAGCUACACGCUGCCCGUUUCCGUUCCGGUGCCGGGAUCCUAUGGCGACAACCUGCUGCAGGCCAGCCCCCAGAUGUCACACACCAACAUCAGCCCACGUCCAUCGAGUUCGGAGACGGAUUCAGGUGGGAUGUCCCUGAUAAUCUAUCCAUCGGGUUCCAUGCUGGAGAUGUCGAACGGCUAUCCGCAUUCACACUCGCCGCUUGUGGGAUCACCGAGUCCGGGUCCCAGUCCUGGCAUAGCCCAUCACUUGUCCAUCAAGCAGCAGUCACCGGGCAGCCAGAACGGACGAGCUUCCAAUCUGCGGGUCGUAAUACCGCCCACCAUCGCCCCCAUACCGCCCAACAUGUCUGCGCCGGACGACGUGCCCUAUUCGGAUCAACGACAGAGUCAGACGUCGCUGAACACGCCAGUGGUCACGCUGCAGACGCCGAUUCCCGCCCUCACGAGCUACUCCUUCGGGGCGCAGGACUUCUCCUCCUCCGGCGUGAUGGGCAGCGCGGAUAUCAUGAGCCUCAACACCUGGCAUCAGGGCCUGGUGCCGCACUCUAGUCUCUCGCACCUGGCUGUCUCGAAUAGCACGCCGCCGCCCGCCACCUCACCCGUCUCCAUCAAAGUCAAGGCCGAGCCGCAGUCGCCGCCACGCGAUCUGUCCGCCAGUGGCCAUCAGCAGAAUAGCAAUGGGUCGACGGGAAGCGGCGGAUCGAGCAGCAGCACCAGUAGCAAUGCCAGUGGAGGAGGAGGAGGAGGUGGCGGCUCGGGAGCCGUGAGUGCAGCCAAUGUAAUUACGCACUUGAACAACGUCAGUGUGCUGGCAGGUGGUCCUUCGGGCCCAGGAGGCGGAGGAGGAGGAAAUGGCGGCAGCAAUGGGAGCAUAGAGCAGGCCACCAAUCUGAGUGUGCUGAGCCAUGCGCAGCAGCACCACCUGGUCAUGCCCAACUCGCGGCCCUCGUCCACGGGCCACAUCACACCCACACCAGGGCAUGAUAAGUAUGAAGGAUAUCCGUACCGCGCGCUAAUGGGACAUAAUGCUAGAUGGAAUUUUGCCGGUGCGCCGAGCAGCGAUCAGGAUGUCCGUCUGGCCGCCGUUGUUGCGCAGCAGCAGCAGCAACAUCAGCAGCAGCAGCAACACCAGCAGCAGCAACUGGGCGACUACGAUGCCCCCAACCACAAACGGCCGAGAAUAUCGGGCGGAUGGGGCACAUAGCCGGCACGAGCUGCCGGUAGCAGCCACUACAAGCCACAUCACAACAACCACACCGGCUGCAGCGGCAUCAGCAGCAGCAGCAACACCAGCUGCAACACAAGCGACACCAUCAGCAGCAGCAACAACAAGAAGCCGGCGGAGUGCGAUGACCUGGCGAUGAUGCCACCACCGCCGCGCAAGGACAUGGCCCGCAGCUCCUACAGCCUGCUGCAGUCCGGCUACGACUGCUACGGCCAGCAGCUGGCGGUGGCCUACGGAUCCCAGCAGCACCCGUAGCGGUAGCCGUUGCCCUAGCCACCACGUCCUCCGUUUCCGGACCAGUGCAAUAGUUGAGAGGGGAAACUGGAGGCAGUUUUGUUUUGUUUUCGGUUUAAGCGAACAGUGACAGUGUCAUAUCUUAUAGUUAUUGUAACUUAAAUGAAUUACGAUUACACACCUACGGUAAUAGUUAUAAUUUUAAAUUAUAAACGCAGAGCUGGCGGGUCUGAACUGACCCCGCAUCCUGCCCAGAAUUAUGAGCAGGUUAGAGUGUUGAGCUGAUUUAGUUUAGUUACAAUUACAAAAUACAGUUACGAGUAUGGUUAAAGUUAAUGUUAAAUCUAAUCUUAGGACAAAAUGCUGCAGACAAAAAAAAAAAGAAAAGAAAGAAAA